CUUUGAAACACUGCUGAUAUUCACAACACACCAAAAACCAAAAUAUAAAAAAGAACCCCAUAGAUAAGAUACUUUUCGUUUUUCUUCUCCCAAUAUAAAAGCAAAAAUAUAUAGAAAAUAAUAACAAUAAAAUCCAAUCAACCACAACUAACUAUUUAUCAAUAUAAAAUUGUAUUUAUUAGUACGUACCACUGUACCGUUGGAACCUAAAGAACUCUUUACUAAAGAAAUACAAAAUUUUUUAAAUCUUUUGAAGAACAGCACGAAUAUCAGAGAGCGUGUCUAAAUUGAAACAACUCAAAGUUCAACUAAUAGCUAAAAAAAAGUAUAUUUUUUCCCCAAAAAAAAGGAAAAAAUAAUAAAAUUAAUAAAAAAAAAUAAAUAAAAUCUAAAUGAAUAAAGUGGCCAUUUAAUUUAUUGUUACAAACAACAACCACAUUGAAAAUGAUCCAAAUUAAAAAAGUUUAAAAACAAAAUAAAUUUAUUCAAUUUAUUAUUAUAAACUCAGCUUAAUUUAUUCGUGAACAAAAAUUAAAUAAAUUAAAUACAAAAUAAGCCUGCCUGCCAGUUGUGAUAUAAAUAGAUUUGUAAAAAAAACAAAAAAAAAAACAAUAAACACUUGAAUAAUUUAAAAGUUAAUAAAAUUAAUAAUAAAAAAUUAAAAAUCAACAAUAUGGAAGUAUUGACAGUACAAAAUCAGUACAAUGAUCAGCAUUACAAUGAAAUUUCUACAACGAGAAUUAAAAAUUGGUCAAGAUCUUUAAGCAAUAACGCACAAGACCCACACCAUCAUCAUCAACGUCGUCGCCCUCAGCAAAAACAACAACAACAACCACAACAGCAACUGAAGCCACAACGGCAACCACAACAGCAAUCACCACCCGAGUACCAUUAUGGCACAGAAGAUGAGCAACAAAUUGACUGUGAUAGUAUUGAUGCGGCAGCAGUGAAUGAACUUUCAUUGCUUUUGCUGGCCGAAUUGCGUGCUGCCAAAACCCGCAAUCUCACCUGUACCGAAGUCUCAUUACCCAGUGAUCUCACCCAACGCAUAGCCACCGAUAUAGUGCGUGUCUCGGAACGUGAACCCUGCGGCAUACGUGGCUGUACCGUGUUUGUUGAAUACGAGGAGGAAAUCAAUAAUGUUAAGCGUAUUGCCAAGUUAAAAAUAGAUCCCGAAAUGGUGCCUACCUUUGAGGUGUAUUUAACUUUGCGCCAAGACAAACGUGGUUGGACCUCUCUGUUGCCCCAGUUCAUAAAGGGUCUAUCACGGACCAUAACCAUAAGUCCCGAUUAUACCAUCAAUAAGCGUAAACUCUAUUCUCACGACAGUAAUUAAGCGUCAGAGCUUCAAAUAUGUAGUAAGAAAAGAGCAAUAGAGCUAAUAGAGAGUUGGCUAGAUCGGUACAGAGAGUGAGAGAGAUAGAGAUUAAAGCUCUUUGUUUUAAUUAUAAUUUUUUUAUUAUUAUUAUAAAAAGCUUCUAUUUAUGAAGCGUUAAGUAUUUUUUUUUUUGGAAACAAAUUACUAGGAGUCUUUGUGAUAUAGAAAUGCUCCUUAAAAAAAACAACCAUUAAAAUUGAAAGCAAGGCAAAGAGAAGAUAAUUGAACUCAUGAAAUGAGUUCAAUGUGUUAAACAGUAAAAAACUUCAAAAAUACAUAGAUUUAGGUUAAGAAAAACAAAUUAAAUUUUAUUAAUAAAACAAAAUACAUUAAAGUAUUUUGAAUUCAUCCCACCUAUACUCACCACUGUUAUAAAAUCAUAAAUUCGAAAUGAGUGUUUUUAUUUUCAAAAUAUUUAUCGUUUUUUUUUGUAAUACGAGUAAUUGCUGUGUGUACUCAUUAUUUGCAGUGCUCUUAGUAUUUGUGCAAAAGAGUUUUAAAAUUGUUUUUUAUAUUUAAAUUUAAAUUCAAUUAAAUGUUUGGGGCAACUGGUCAGAACAGUGUUUUUCAGUUCAAGUGUUUCACUAAUCGGUUAUUCGUUUUAAUUAUAUGUAAAACACGUGGUGAUGUGUUGUUAAAUAUUAUUGUUAGGAAUUGGAAAUAAAAUAUUUAAUACAUAAGCAAACGAAUUAUUUGGCUAACAAAUAAUUGUUUGAUGAUCUCAGGCAUUAUUGACAAAUUGUAACAACAUUUUUUACAGCCAAUAAAAAUCAUUUAAAUCUUAAAAAAAAAAAUACAUCAACAUUAAAAAAUAAUUAUUAUUUUCAAAAAUUUUCUUUAAAAAAAAACCAUUCAUUAAACCUUCAAAAUCGAAUAAUUGAAAACACUUAAAUUAAAACCGAUAAAGAAAAACCAUAAAAAACACAUUCGAGUUCUCAGUCUCCUACAGCACACAAGCAACUCACACCCAAAAACAAAAAAAAAACAUAAAAA